AUGCUUCCUCGCUUCCAAUAUCCAUCCCUUCCCACGUCGACAAGCAUUCGCCUUAUCAAAUUACUCCCCUCCCAUCCAGAUGUGCUUCGUUGUAAAAUGGUUAGCCUGAAUCUCAACGAGCAGUCUCAGGCAUCCCCAUACGUCGCAUUGUCUUACACGUGGGGGGACCCAAUAACUAUUAGGGAGGAGCCUGUGCCCGCAUCGGGAAAUCUCAGAAUGCCGGAAGAUUUUGCCAAAUUGCCAUUCGUGUUCGAGUCCGAGUGUUCAGGCGACGUAAAAGUAUAUAACACUGACUAUGCCAUGAAAUAUUACGUUGAAAGGCACCCUUGGAUUCCACGAGUAAAAGAUCAGAUCCCACAAAUUGCAUCAGAACCGAUAGAAAUCGACGGCCAGCUGACUUACAUACAAGAGAACCUGCGGUGUUUUCUCAUGGAAUAUCGUUCUUUCCAGCUCAAUCUUUCGAUUACAUCAUCACCGACCGAGGAUGAUUGCAGAGAUGGCCGUUUUCAUGAGGCUCUCCAAGCACCGAUUUGGAUCGAUGCCCUUUGUAUCAACCAGAACGACCUGAAAGAGAGGAGCUCUCAGGUUCAGUUGAUGGAUAGGGUCUUUCGAGGCGCCAUGAGAGUGUUUGCUUGGUUGGGACCUCCAGAUGGCCUUACUGUUGAUGCCAUACGGGGACUACACAAUAUCUACGAAUCUGACAUUAUUGCAAAGGCAGAGGAGGGAAUGACUCUGUCAGCAGUUCCAGGCAUGGAACUUAUCCACUGGUUUGCCGUCUUUGCUUUUUUUCAACGGUCUUGGUUUCGGCGUGCUUGGGUUACGCAGGAAGCAAUUUUUGGGAGGGAGCGCAUCACAGUUUUUUUUGGAGGCACCAUGUUUUCCUGGGAACGAAUUUCCAUGUUAGUUGAAGCGCUAAUUAAAUCUGGCCUUCACCUGGAAAUGUUGAAACUUGGUCGCAACCUCCUUAAGGGGGAACCACUCUCUGAUAAUACUCGGCAAAUUCGAAAGCUAGCUGCAUUUGACGAUGAGAACGAUAAGAACGCCGACGACACUGAUGAUUCCACAGACGCGACCAAAAAGAUGCUUCGAGGACUAGAUGGCUUGUCUUUUACAUACUCAAUUCGGAACCUUGUAUUCCGUUUCAGGACAGACGGUGACACAAUAUUCACAGAGUUCCCUCCUCUGUUGCGUGUUUUGGGUUUGUUCCGUGGUACAGACGCCACGGAUCCACGAGACAAAGUCUUCGCUUUUCUGAACAUUGCUUCUGAUGCGAGAAAGCUGGCCAUAGUCCCGGACUACAGUGCUACCCUGCAGUCAGUCUACAGACAAACCACAGAGACAAUCAUGAGAAAGACGGCGUCCUUAUCGAUACUCUCACAGGUUCAAGAGCCUUUCCACACUCGGUUUUAUCAGUUGCCCGGGUGGGUGCCUGACUUUAGCUCUCAACUUCCCUACACUCCUCUUGAUACGGGUGAUGACGACGUGUUGUUCUGCGUAUCGGGUUCUGGUACUGAAACAUGGUUUGAGAUCCACAACGACGACACACUAGAAGUCGAGACGAUUGAAGUAGACGUGGUUAUGAUAAGCGAGCUGGUGGGAAACGACCUUGAUGAUAUGGUUCUAAAUCUGUUGAAAUCGAUUCUCAGAAUACCCCAUCAGUAUCCAAUUGGGGACUUCGAGAAACAAGUCAAAAGUCCUUUUGAGGACAGCACAGGCUCUUUCAGGAUCAGGGGCAUCACGCGUGUUGAAGCAUUAUGGCGAACAUUAGUUGGAAACAUGCUCCCAAACCCAAAUCCAGGCUUCUUCGUAUACCCCGAUGAUGCGGUGACCUAUCCAGCUCCGGAAUCUUUGGGUCAUGGCUUCUCGAAUUGGAUUGAGGUUGGAAUCUUGGAGAUGUGGUAUCUUUUUCAAAACUUCGAUGGAGAUGAAUCUCCAUUGUCCAGCUCUGGAGCCCGACGCGUUUUAACUACUCUUGCCCUCUGGGCAGCGAUCUACCGAAACAAACAUAUUCCUCUCACUAAAGAUACGAUAGGUUAUAGCCUCGAACAUGCAGAUCUCACGAAGAUGGCAAAGAAAGAGAAAGAAGAGGAGGAAGAUAUCGGGUUCAUUAUUAGCAGCCAAAAAUUUCUCCCAAGUGCAUCGAGGCUCAAAACGCUCCUAGACGAUCCAAACCUGAUAGAUGAACUUCGAGGAUACGAUGGAGACCCGCAGGCCGCCGUCAAUGGGCAGUGGAGAGAGCAAGCGUUGUUGCAUUUUAACAGUGAUGAGAGGGCUAAUAUCAACUCAUUUGAGAAGAGGAUGAGAACUAUGCUAGAAGGAAGGAGGCUUUUCACCACUAAGGGAGGCCUUGUGGGAGUAGGGCCCCGGUCAUUGUUUUCGGAACGUGGUUGCUUGUAUGAGAUCCAUAUAAUUAAGGGUGCAAAAGUUCCCUAUAUUCUCGCAAGGUUUGAUGAUGGAUCGUAUCGUUUGGUUGGAGAAGCUUAUGUCCAUGGCAUUAUGAACGGAGAGAUACCUGAAAAAAUGGGGGAUCUUGACUGGUGCAAUUAUAAGAGAAUUAGAUUGAAAUGA